CGCGUCUUAGUCAUCUUCGAAAUGUGAAAGUGCAAACAAGACGCGAGACAGUAAAUGAUUUUAAUAAGUCAAUAGUAGUCUCGAAAUUUUUCUAAAUCAAACCCGCGUUGUCGAUACAGCUUAUCAAUUCCGAUUAUGACUGUAUCUUACAGUCGAUUCAGUGCUACAGAAUUUGAUAAUAUUUAGCAUGUCAACGACAUUUGAUAAAUCGUUCGCAAGUACAGGACAGAGAAGAGAUUCCUUGCUAACGACAAAUAUCACAGAAAUCAAGACAUCUUUUUACAAAAAUGUAUCUUUACUAGUCAAAGCAGUGCCUGCCAGUGAUGAAUUUAAAAAGUAUUUUCAUGAGCAUAUGUUCAAUAAGCCAAACACGAUGGGUUUCAUUUACGUAACACAUUUUCUUUUAACGGUGUACGAUGCGGAGCGAUUUAAAAGAACUGUCGAGUGGCCUGUUAUUUGCAAGAAAACUGAAGCGCGGUAUCGUAUUGAUAUUAAAAAUUAUUUGAGCGAAUUAUCUAAUGAGAAUCCAGACAUUGGCUUUCCACUUAUAAUGACGUCUACGCUACUGCAUGCCGGAGGCACGAAAUUCAUAAUUCUUAUGUGGAAAUUAUCUCAGCUCGUGUUGUACAAUUACGUCAAAGUGCAGAAAGAUGAAAAUGUUUUACUACCACCGAAACCUGGUGUUGCGGAGGAAUUGACGAAAAGAAUUUUUAAUAAUGCAAUUAAUAAUAUAGAGAUUAAACUGGAAAAAGAGGGAGAAGCUUUGUAUCAUUUUAUCGAGGAGUGCAGAUUAUUUGCAAAGGAGGAGGCUGAUGCGAUAGAUGAAAUUCGAUCGAACUUAUUCGAAAUGCGAAAGAUUUUGGAAGAUCGCGUGACCAUUGCUCCAACCCUGUCUGUAGUCAAGAAGAGGCUGCGAAAUGUUGAAGAUGUCGAAAUUAUUGAAUUAUGGAAAGCAAAUAUACUCGAAACACAAAAUUAUUUGAAAGAACGUAAUUUGCGCCUCAGUGAGCUGGAGAGUCUCAGCAAUCACGUAAAUACAAUAAUAACGAAUGUGUACGAGCCGAAAAUAUUAGAUGUUAAAAAACUUGAAAAAUUAGACACCAAAGCCAUUCGCGAAUUAAAUCUUCCUCUGGAAAUUCAGGUGUCUGCAGGUCAAUUGUACGUGAAUGAAAAAUUGUCAUUGUCAACUUUGCUCUUGUUGUUUUCUGCAAUUCUGUAUAAGCUACGCUGGUACAUAAGAGAUAAGCAGUGGGCAGACGUAUCAUACGCACAAUUGCAAGUCCAAAUACUUUCCGAUGACAUUCGUAAAAUGAAGAAUUUAUUUGAUUUACUGUUUAAGCGAGUGAAAAAUCUCUCGAGUGAUAUACAAGAAUACUCCGAUCAUGAAAACUUGAUUAACAUAGGUACUAUGAGCUGCGCCGAUUUUCCUGACAUGUACAAAGUUUUGUUUAACCCGUCGCCUAAAAUAGAAUUCAAUGUGAACGAAUGUGAAAGCAAAAGAUUCUUAAUCCUAGAACUUACGCCAGUGGAAGAAAGGCACAACGGACUAUUCUCACGUCACAAACGCCGGAAAGACACAACGCCUCGAUCCUCAAGGAUUUGCAAAAAUGCAAUAAUUUCACGAAUUAAAUUCGACGAUACAAUAUCGUCUAUAAUUAAUGAAAGGCAAUCACCAGUACUGUGUAGAAAUGAGAGUGUGCUAAGUGCAUCGUCUGUUAAGAGUGUUAAGAAAUAUUCAAGAUUGUUUACUAAUUCCUCAAAAACUAACAAUCGUAAAGCAAACUACAGUUUUAUGUCUGUACCAAGUGCUUCUAAAGCAAACUCAACCGCGCUUAUGAAUAUCGUAGAAGAUGGCAAAACAAAAACAAAAUCAUGUUUGGAUAUUGCAGCAAAGAAUCUUUUCAAACUUUCUAAGGAUGUUGUUAGUAUUGCUUCUCGCAUUUCGAGUCGUGAUUUAAAGGAUUCUUUGGCUGUUACGCCAGUGAAGGACAAUCAAGUGCAGGACAAGUCGGAUGUUGAAUCUCUGCGGACGAUCAAUGCUUUGGAGGAGGAAAAUAUAUUUGAGGAAAUACCAUGUAAUGGCGACAUGAUCUCUCCGAAAACUACCAAAGAGAAGGGAGGGAGAACUAGACGUUCGAUUAGCGAUUUGGUAGAACAGUACAGAACAUUAGUAGACAGAUCUUCGAUCCAGUCAAUACAUUUUGAAAGUAGUAACGUCAAUAAUAGCACAGAAAAAGAUUGAUGAUUGAUUUGAUAUCGUUAUUUGAUAUAUUUCUGUAAAUUAUAGGUGUGCCAGUUGAGUUUUGAGUUAUAAGCUAACUUUUACAAUUACUUACCUUUUUUUUAUUUUAUGUCUGCACUGUAAGUCGUAUUUUUGUAAAAUGUUCAUAAUUACCAAUUAGGCCAUCUUUGAGAAUUAAAUUAACUUUAAGUUGUAACGAUAGAAACGAAAUACGAGUUUUAGAAAUUACUUACUACCUUCAA